UAUAUAUAUACAUCACACCCCCACACACCAACCAAAACCAUCCUUCUUUCUUCUAUCUUCACAAUCAUGGCUGCUCCUCCUCACAUUCUCUAUCUCAUUCCUCUCAUUCUUGUUGUUUUCUUUUCAUCAUCACAUGCAAGAACCAUUCCUUCUUCGAUUUCUUCGUUUCAUCACUCGAAAACUUUGAAAAAAACAGGCCACCAACUCAUCAAAGACCUCAACUUGCAUCCACAUCUUGAUGUUAAUAUUGUUAAGUCCUACAAUCAUUCAUCAUAUCUUGAUCAAGAACUCAAAGUGACACAAUCUGGGAUCGUCGAGAAAAGGUUGUCCCUAUCGGUUCUUGGUAACUCCGGAGCCUCGGUUCAUGAUCUUGCUCAACAUGCUGGAUAUUAUCGCAUUGAACAUACAGUUGAUGCCCGGAUGUUCUAUUUUUUCUUUGAAUCAAGAAAGGCCAAAACUGACCCAGUGGUUAUAUGGCUAACUGGGGGACCAGGGUGCAGUAGUUCACUAGCUCUUUUUUAUGAAAAUGGACCCUUUAAACUUACCAACAACUUGUCUCUUGUCUGGAACGACUACGGCUGGGAUAAGGUUUCAAACUUGAUAUACGUUGAUCAACCAACAGGAACCGGUUUCAGUUAUAGUUCUAGCGAUCAAGACAUCCGCCACGAUGAAACUGGCGUCAGUAAUGAUCUUUAUUUCUUCUUGCAGGCAUUCUUCAAGGCCCAUCCAGAUUAUGUUAACAAUGACUUCUACAUAACUGGAGAAUCAUAUGCCGGACACUACAUUCCGGCUUUUGCAGCUCGAGUUAAUCAAGGGAAUAAGAACAAAGAAGGGAUUCAUAUAAAUUUGAAGGGUUUCGGUAUUGGAAACGGGCUUACAGAUCCUGCAAUCCAGUAUAAAGCGUACACUGAUUUCGCUUUGGCUAACAAGUUGAUUUCACAAUCAGAUUAUUCCCAAAUAAACCAACAAAUCCCAGAUUGUGAAACCGCGAUCAAACAAUGCGGUACAACGGGUACAACAACAUGCGAAAUAGCGUUGGAAACUUGUCAGGAAAUUUUCGAGGAUAUCUUGGAUAUCGCAGGCAAUAUAAACUAUUAUGAUAUUAGGAAGCAAUGUGAGGGGAGUUUAUGCUAUGAUUUCUCCAACAUGGAAAAUUUCCUAAGUGAAUCGUCAGUGAAAACAGCAUUAGGUGUACCAAGCGACAUAGAUUUUGUUUCGUGUAGUGAUUCAGUACACUAUGCAAUGUUAGAUGAUUGGAUGCGAGAUCUUGAAGUCGGGAUUCCAGCACUUUUGGAGCAAGGAAUUGAGAUGCUUAUAUAUGCUGGAGAAUAUGAUCUUAUUUGUAACUGGCUUGGGAACUCGAGAUGGGUUGAUGCGAUGGUGUGGUCCGGACAAAAACAGUUUCUUGCAGCUUCAAAUGUUUCGUUCGUAGUGGGUGGUAAAGAAGCUGGAGUUAUGAAGAACUAUGGACCGCUUACGUUUCUUAAGGUUCUUAACGCGGGACAUAUGGUUCCAAUGGAUCAACCGGUUGCUGCAUUACAAAUGUUACAACAAUGGACUACCGGAAAACUUACAGCGAAAAGGGGAUGAUAACUGAUAAGUUUCCAGAAAUGAAGAAAAAAGAAACUGAAAGAUUUUUACUUGUAAUUGUUUCAAGUGUUUGUUGUUUUUCAUGAAUAUUGUUCCACUGAAAUGAAAGAAAUAUUUACUUGUAAUUAGAAAUCAAUUUGCCAAUUAAUUAGUACGAUAUGAACCUAA